UCAGUAAAGUGCAGUUGGCUGUGACGAAGACUGUGAAAACUAAUUGUUCCCGCAAUGCAAUCGAACUUCAUGUGGCUGGUCGCCUUGAUGGCAAUUGGCAUCUGUUUGGCCUUGCCCGCUGGUGAGGAUGCCCAGGCGGAGACCCUCAAGCUGGAGAGCGAGAAUACUGGCGACAAAUAUUCCUUUGCCUAUGAGACGAGCAACGGAAUCUCACGCACGGAGACCGGAGAGGUAAAACCUGGAGCCGGUGAAGAGGAUGGCUCCUUGUCUGUCCAAGGAUCGACCAGCUGGUCAGCUCCAGAUGGCAAAAAAUACGAGAUUAGUUUCACGGCCGACGAGACUGGCUACCAUCCCAAGUUCAGGCUGGUAGCCUAGGCGAUACCCAGAUGUAAAUUGAUUCCGGAUUCGAAUAAUUAAGCUAACUUCAUUUAUCCAAUGUGAAAGAUUCGUAGGCUUAGAAAAGUAUAUAGAAACAAGUUUAUAUAUUUGAAGAA